AUGGUACUGAGUAUUGCGGUCGUUCACGCACUGGAAAAAGUUACUUGCUCAACUUUUUUUUGCAAUACCUACACGCCAGUGGGCAGAAUCGUCAAAGCGGCAACUGGCUUAAUCCUACUGACUCUUCUUUGGGAUUUAGUGCAAGAGGAGGAAGUGAUAGGGAGACUAAUGAACAGAAGAGGUGAAACUGUAGCACUGUUCCUCAUGGACAGCGAGGGAUUUUUCGCCGCUGAGUUAACAUGGGACGACUGUGCCAUCAUCUUCGCUUUAACAAAUUUGCUAUCUUCUGUCCAGUAUUCACUAUCAAACAAAUUUAUUCCAGCGAUUUCAUUCUGUAACAUCGGCUUCACAAGAUUGUUUAAAGCUUAUUGGAUUGACGAUGAAGAACACCUUUACGGAUUUCAAAGAGACACGGUUUACUAUGAAAAAAUGAGCAAUUCCGAAAAGGCCCGGAAACAGCGUCGUGAUAUGUGCACGGCCGUAGAAAGCUGUUUCAAAACCAUUGCCUGUACGCUUUUACACCAUCCUAAAAUAAAAGUUGCAAAAGCCAAAUACCCUUGUGCUAUUGAACCCAGGAAAGAAUUUCUACAGCAGGUAAAGGUAUUAGUAGAAAUAUUGUUCGCUCCUGAACAUGUAACGAUAAAAAAGAAUGGUAACGACGAAAUAACUUGUGUGGAGCUGUUGGAGCUGCCUCGCCAAUACGUGCUGCUGUUUAGCAAAAGUGGCAUUUCCACACCAGAAUCUUUAUACAAGCGAGCCGAAAGGGGUGGAGCUGAGGUAAUUGAAAAAGAGUUUGCAAAUUCGCAUGAAAAAGCUCAGCGAAUUGCACUGGAAAGGUUUAGAUCGGCUACUGAAUUAUACAAGUUUAAACAACCAGGAGACUUGAAACAAGGUCUCGAGAAAAUGGGCAAGGUUGUGGAAAUAUUACGGAAAUAUCAGGGUUCUCAUUUAUUUGAAAUGGGGAAGUUGAACUGUCUCAUCGGCUUGAAGUGGCAUCUUGCAGAGCAGUUGGCAGUUUUGAAUCGUAAUCUUCUCAAGAUUUCUCUUAGCAAAUCUUUAUUGAAAACUUUAUUGCAAUUUAUAAAAGAGCGGUCUAUUGGAGAAAUUUCUCCCGAGGCUGUGAAGACGAAGCACGAUUGCGUCAAGGAGAAUUGCAUAAAACUAAUGAAAGAUGAAAUAAAAGAAAUUACAUUUGGUUUGUCGGACGUAUUGCUCAAAAGAACAAAAUCGUUUUUUGAGGGAUGCAUUCCUCAAACUGCUGCAAAUGCAGAACUAACUCUCGAUCACAACUCAGAUGCUACUGGGCCAGCUGAAGAGAAGUUUUUUUGGGAACAACCAAAAAGCGCUGUUGUCAUUACGACAUAA